ACAUUCUGCACGUUGAUAUUCACCAUCAGCAGAGCGAGGAUGUUCCAGAGAAAGAUGUCAAGAAGGCCGGCCAUCAGUUCUAUCGGGAAUCAUGAGGUGGAUAGACAGACCAACGGGAACGGGGUUUGGAGGUUUGUGGGUCGUCGACGCACUCAAAAUCAGCAUAGAAGAUACCCAAGAUGGAACUGAUGGAAGAGAUACCAUAUCGCUAUGCUCAGUAGGAUACUCGCUGUGUGAUUAUAGCCACAGAAAUAAUCGCUCUACGCGAAACCACCAGUUAAAAAUACCCUUCCGCAAGGCGCCCAGAGGAUGUAAACCCAAAAAACUUCGAAAUGAGCCACAACGUUUUCAGCAUGGCGUAACUCAAAUCAUAGAGUUUGAUUGGAAACCGUGUGCCUGUAUAGGAGUCCUCGAGCUAAGCUGGCAGGCUCGACCUGCUUCUCCCUUCCGCAGCAUGGGAGGAUGGUGGCAAAGGGAUUGGUGUUUGCCUUCUCUCGACUUGUUGCUCAAAUACAAUGAGGAUAGCCCGGCAAGUUGGGCAAGUAUCGUUGUCAAGGAGCCAAGUUCUUAAACAAUCGAAACGGAAAUAAUGUCUGCA